GGACAGGAGUAGAAGGUGAGUGGUCCUUUGUUCCCCUUAGCUACACGCAAGCUCAUCUGCACACUCCGAGAGUCCAUCUGAUCCUUUCCCUGCCUGCUUCUCGCAGGCAUAGUUUCCCAAAGGAUCCUGACCUCUGUCCUGCCGGGCCUCCGCUCGGGCAUUCUCUGCUGGGAACACUCCCCUGAGUCUGUCCCUGUUCUCCCACCCCAACAGGUUCUGGACAAAGACAAAAGACCAACAACAAUAAACCCUCCUAUUUACAAAGAAAGAUGCCUGCGGCUACACCCACUCUAGGGACUGACUCUGAAAACGCCAAGUUCCAGCUUGCUGUAUGAGGACAUGUUCGACCUGGCUGUGUGUCGCAGCAUCAGUAGACGACGCUGUCACUUCCUGCUAGAAGACACUGCAGCCCAGGGAAGUACAGUUGGUGCUAGAAGCCGCAGAGCUGGAGGUGGCAGGGUUCUCACAAGGCUGGACCCUCCCUUGCUCCAGUUCUGGGCACUUCAUUUUCCCAGCCCUCUUGACCACCUGUGUGGUACAGAGUUUCUCCAUUUCUUCUCUAUUUUCCUUGCAGGUGCAUGUGUGUAUGGCGGGGGAUCUGUGUGCACACAUGUGCAGGUUUGAUCACCCACGCAUGCGUGUGUGAACACAAGAGGCCAGUGUCAGGUAUCUCCCUCCAUUGCUUCCCACAUUAAUUAAUUAAUUAAUUAAUUAAUUAAUUAAUUAAUUAAUUAACUUAUUUAUUUUUUGACACAGAAUCUCUCGCUGAGCCUGGAGUUCACCAUCUCAGCCCAUCUCUGCUCUCCAGCACUGGGGUUACAGACACACACUGCUGGGACACACACUGCUGGGGUUACAGACACACACUGCUGGGGUUACAGAUGCACACUGUAGGGGUUACAGAUGCACACUGCUGGGGUUACAGAUGCACACUGCUGGGGUUACAGACGCACACUGCUGGGUUACAGAAACACUACAGGGGUUACAGAUGCACACUGCAGGGGUUACAGACGCACACUGCUGGGGUUACAGACGCACACUGCUGGGGUUACAGAAACACUGCAGGGGUUACAGAUGCACACUGCAGGGGUUACAGAUGCACACUGCAGGGGUUACAGAUGCACACUGCUGGGGUUACAGACGCACACUGCUGGGGAUACAGAUGCACACUGCAGGGGUUACAGACGCACACUGCUGGGGUUACAGACACACUGCUGGGGUUACAGACACACUGCUGGGUUUACAGACACACUGCUGGGGUUACAGACACACUGUUGGGGUUACAGAUGCACACUGCUGGGGUUACAGACGCACACUGCUGGGCUUACAGACACACUCUCCUGGGGUUACAGACGCACACUGCUGGGGUUACAGACGCACACUGCUGGGGUUACAGACGCACACUGCUGGGGUUACAGACACACUGCAGGGGUUACAGACACACUGCAGGGGUUACAGAUGCACACUACUGGGUUUACAGACGCACACUGCUGGGGUUACAGACACACUGCUGGGGUUACAGACGCACACUGCUGGGGUUACAGACGCACACUGCUGGGGUUACAGACACACUGCUGGGGUUACAGACGCACUGCUGGGGUUACAGACGCACUGCUGGGGUUACAGACACACUGUUGGGGUUACAGAUGCACACUGCUGGGGUUACAGAUGCACACUGCUGGGCUUACAGACACACUCUCCUGGGGUUACAGACGCACACUGCUGGGGUUACAGACGCACACUGCUGGGGUUACAGACACACUGCAGGGGUUACAGACACACUGCAGGGGUUACAGAUGCACACUGCAGGGGUUACAGAUGCACACUGCAGGGGUUACAGACGCACACUGCAGGGGUUACAGACACACUCUGCUGGGGUUACAGACGCACACUGCUGGGGUUACAGACACACUGCAGGGGUUACAGACGCACACUGCAGGGGUUACAGAUGCACACUGCUGGGGUUACAGACGCACACUGCUGGGGUUACAGACGCACACUGCUGGGUUUACAGACGCACACUGCUGGGGUUACAGACACACUGCUGGGGUUACAGACGCACACUGCAGGGGUUACAGACACACUGCAGCGGUUACAGAUGCACUCUGCUGGGGUUACAGACACACACUGCUGGGGUUACAGACACACACUGCUGGGGUUACAGACCCACAUUGCUGUGCCUGGCUUUUACAAUUCUGGGAUUGCAAGCAUAGGUGCUCACGCUUAUCCUUCAAGCCGUCUCACGACCCUCUUUCUCUUUUUGAGACAGGGUCUUACAUAGACCAGGAUAACCUUGAAUUCCCGCCCCUCCUGCCCCUCGUCCUCUAGUGCUAGGGUUACAGGGAUAAGCUACCACAUCUGGCUUAUGGCACAGCUGGAGAGCAACCCAGGGCUCUGUACGUGUGCUAGGCAAGCACUGCACCAACUGAGCUACAAUUCCAGCGAGUCUCCUCAUUUUCAGAGUGGGGGCGUGAGGGAGGGCGACCCAGUCACUGACGCUUACAGAGGACCUAGAAGUUCCCCAGGGGUUGUUCGGCAUCUGCACCCACAUCCCGAGGAAUUGACUCCUGCCUCUGUCAAGGUAAGCUCUAUCCCAUGGGAAGACUUUGUUAGAAGCAAGCUUGGGAAUGUGUCUGGGCUUGGGCCCCUGAGGCAGGGCUCACCUGCUGCCAGCCUCAAUUGUCCCCAGUCUUCUCCAGGACACCUUCCUACACAGCACGUGUCCCAUGGCAGCCUCUCUGCCCUGGCAGGGACUCCACUGCCGAGCUCCAUACUGACACUCAAGCCUCUAGACUGGCCCUCGGCCAGGUGUGAGGCUCACACAUCUGGCUGGGCUGUUCCUAGGGCUCCAGCCAUCCAGGCCUGCAGGUUCUUUGUCGUGUGGAGAUUCCAGAAUGAGUGCUUAUGCUUGGGCAUGCCUCCAGUCCCCACCACAAGAGCCCCUUAAGGCAGAGACUCCGUGAGCGGGACUGACCUUUGUCACUGCUCUGUCCGGUCCCUGGUCUGCUCGGGGACCCAAGUUCUGGGCCUACCUGGCCUCACCACUACUUACCUUUUGAAUACUAUUAGUAUGUUUUGUUUUUUUUUUGUUGAGACGAGGUCUUGCUCUGUAGUUCAGUAUACAGCCCAGGAUGCCUCGGCCUCCCUCAUGCUAGAGUCACAGCCCGGCAUGCCCAGCUGACUGUUCACUUUUCUGGCCAUGGUAAGCUCACUUCAGGUGCUGCGCCCUCUGACCUUGGAAUUGAGGAAUCAGCCGUGUUCCUUCAUAACUGACCAGGAGGCACACCCAGCAGUGGACUCCCAUGCUAAGCUCUAGUGAGGCAUGAGUGACCGACAUCUCCUCGGGACACAGAAGGCAGGGUUGCUCCCUCUCUCCAAGCUCUGGGUUGUAUAGAUGUGCCUUAGGCCCUACCUCAGAGCAGACCACUUAUACUGUGUGCUUCUGGGGCUUUUCAAAACUUAAAGCAGCCCUGGGUUUCCCAUGUCCACCCCUGUGCCGGCAGCUCUUGGAACACCUCGGUACCUCACAAGGACGUGUAACCUCCUGUCAGCCUUACACAGCUCCAGGACACAAGUGCUGUCAGCCACUGCACACAUGAGUCAAGUCAGAGAAGUGACGUGACUUGCCUAAGACCACACGGCCAGUGACAGACACAGCAAGGCCCAGAGCCUCUGCAGCCGCCUCAUGCAGAGCCUUAGGGCCCUGGCACCCCAUAUUUCUAUUUACACUGACCGGCCACUUCAGGCCACAGAGUUCUCCAGCUCUGCUCCGUUCAUCUGUGUGACUUUGGUGGCCUUGCUUCCACACUCCUUUUUGAAGUGGAAUAAUAACCCUUUGGUCCUGGUACCAUAUAAGCUUGGUGACGAGGAACAGGGAGGUGUACACACACACACACACACACACACACACACACACACACACACACACGCACGCACACAGUGGUCCUCACUGUCUCUUCUCAUUUCAUCUCACUGAGACUUCAUGAGAAGUUUUCUGACUCUAAGACAGCCAGACCGGCCUUUGGGCCUCACGGCCACUGUCCCCUGCCCACACUCACUGGCCUGCCAGCCCCAACCUGGGUCAUGGUCAGAGAAGUUUCCUGCGAGGCAGGGCUGGCGCUGGGCCUGCUGGCCGGGAGGCUGGGGUGGUAGAGGGAGCUGACGCAGCAGCAGCAGCAGCAGCAGCAGCAGCAGCAGCAGCGGCAGCAGCGGGACCUCUCCCAGCCUCCUCCCAGCCGCAAAGCACAGCGGGCUGUCAUUCAGCUGUCAGAUCCCAAAUCCUGACACCCAAGGAACCUGACCCAACACCGCUCACAAUCAUGCGGACUUCCUUGUUCAACAACUACAGCAUGGCAGAAGCAGAGAACCAUGCGGGAAUCAAGUUCGGAUCUCUGGGAACCUCACUGGCUCCAGCUCUGGGAGGGGGACUCGGAUGUGACAGAGGGGCUGUCACCCAAAGCACCCCACAUUGAGUCACCCCUAACCCUACCACCACCUCACCCAGCUCAGUCAGUGUUCUGUACCUGGCUCCAACCCCUCCAGCGCCUCUUCCCCAGGACUCCCACUGGGGAGGGGCUCUGACCAUCCCCCAUUUGCCCUCCACCCAACUCCCUGGUGUUUGUUUAAACGUGAUUCCCAGGCUCUCUCCUCAAAUCCCAGGAAAAGGCCAGACCCUACCCUAGACCCACUUAAGCAGGACUGGAGUGUGGUGAUGAACAACUCCCCGUGGGCACUGGGAAGGGGUCCACACAGCCUGCGGCUCUGCCUUUACCCUGGCUAGCUCCAUCUCCUUCAACACUGGGGAUUCCCACACUCACCAAGCUGCCAGCUGACUCCCUCUCUCCAACCUGUUCUCUCUGGAGUUCCUGAGCAAUGGGAUACUGGACCUCCGUCACCCAAGCCAGGCUUAACCUCGUUCCCCACUCGUUCCCCACUCGUUCCCCACUCGUUCCCCACUCCCACGCCCUUCUUCUGCACCCUAGCCACCCUUCUCCCUCGCCUCAGGGCCUUGACCUAAGCCGGUUCCCUCCCCUAGCAAACAAUGCCUUUUCUUUUCCUUUAAGACCAAUUUCUACACACACGUCACCUCCUCUAGGAAGCCCUCCUGGGUCCUCAGGUUAGGUCUUGUGUGUCUUUUCUGUGUUCUUUGGUUUUCCUUAUCCAAAUCACAGACAGUCUGCAAUAAUACAUUUGGACAAUGACUAGAUUGACGCCCCUCUCUGCCUGGAGACUGCUGGCUCCCUGAGGUAAGGGACCAAGGCACUGAACACAUGUGACACAUGGUUGGUUAACAGACCAGUCUCCAAUAGCUCUCCUCCGUUUUCCACCCAGCCUGUGCAAGUUUCCGGGCAUCCAUCUGGCAUGGAGGUCCCUGCAUCCCUGUAUCCAGUUCUGCCUCCUCAGCCCCACUCUCCAAACAAUUCAGCCCUCCAGCUCCACACUCCACACCCUGUGCUAAGGAAUUUUUUUAAAGAUUUACUUAUUUUUAAUUUAUGUGUAUGAGUGUUCUGCCUGCAUGUGUGCCUUCCUGGUACUGCAGAACCAGGAGAGGGUGUUGGAUCCUGGCACCCAAACCAGAGACCUCUGUAAAAGCAAGUGCUCUUAAAUGCUGAGACAUCUCUCCAACCCAGGAGCUGUUGUUUUUUAACACCCUCCCUCAAGGUCUCACGUAGUCCAGGGCGGCAUUAAACUGGCUAUGUAGUGGAGACUGACCUUGAACUUCUGAUCCUUCCCUAAGCACCUCCCCACUCUGGGAUUACAGGCAUGCACUACCAUGCCUGGUUUGUAUCCUGCCCAGGGUUGAAACCAGGGUCUUGUGCAUGCCACGCAAGUACUCCGCCGGCUUAGUUCCUCCCUAGCACCCUCUAAUUUUUGCUACCAGUACUGAAGAUUGAAGUUGAAACCUCACGAAUGCCAAGCAAGGGACAGGUGGGCUUUCUUCCUUUCUUCCUGGGGAUGUUGUUUGUUUGAGCCUGGGUCUUCCCAUGUAGCUCAGGCUACCCUCAAACUCAUGAUCCUGCUGGGGAUGUAGCUUAGUACAAGAGGGCUUGCCUAGCCUGUGUGAGGUCAUGGGUCCAUUCCCCAGAACUUCUGUUUUUGUUUUUGUUUUUAAGUGCUGGGCUGGAGAGAUGGCUCAGAGGUUAAGAGCACUGAUUGUUCUUCCAGAGGUCCUGAGUUCAAUUCCCAGUCACGACAUGGUGGCUCACAACCAUCUGUAAUGAGAUCUGAUGCCCUCUUCUGAGCAGGCAUACAUGUAGGCACAACACUAUAUGCAUAAUAAAUAACAAAUCUUUUUUUAAAAUGUGCUUAUAACUUUUGCCUGUGCAAGAUGGCAUACAUCUAUAAUCUCAACACUUGGGAGGUAGAGGUAGGAGGCUCAGCAGUUCAAGGUCAUCCUCAACUAUAUAGUGAGUUCAAGGCCAGCCUAGGCCAUAAGAAGCCCUGCCUCAGAAUAAAUAAAUAAAUAAAUAAAAUCAAACAACAAGCUUGGCAUAAAUGAAUUAUUCUCAGCUACUCUUGAAAGGGCAGGCCAUGGGGCUAGGAUCCCAGGGCAGUAGGCACAGCACAGACGGAUCAGAGCCAAUAGGGAAUGGACAAUCUGUGGAGUCCGCUCUGUCCCCUGGGCCCCCCUGGAUCAGAAUAACCAUUCAUUUAGGAGGGAGUGUGACAGGCUCUUUUCUGGUCCCUGGACUGGGAGCCCAGGACCUCCUAGGAAUUCAGCACAUUCACCCCUCCCCCAAGAGAUCUCAAACUCUACCUUAGGUUGGAGCCAGGAACCAGCUGCAUGCAUCUGCCUUUUCCCUUCCCAAGGAACUGCCUUGCCCGUACUUCCUCCCCACAGCUUGCUCCUCCUCCUCAUCAUCAGGUGGGCAUGUUGGGGGAAGACAGAGAGAAGGAGUAUGCCCAUGUCCAGGGUGGGCAGCCAGGUCUCACAGAUGGCCUGAGGGCUGCCUGCCUGGUCACUGCAGACCCUUAGGCCACCUUUGGCUACCAGAGUACCUCCUCCCAUUCGGCCCUCUCAAACUACCUGAUUUCUUCUUAGCGGCUGGGAGGCAGUACAUAGUGUGGGAGUCUUAGCAAGGUACAGCUCAACCAUCCAUCCAUCCAUCUAUCCAUCCAUCCAUCCAUCCAUCCCUCACCGGUGCCAGCAAGACGGAAUUCAGAAGAAUGGAUCCACCCCUGCUGGCUUCUGGGCAAAGCAGAGGUAGUAACCUCUGCAUGGGUGAAAGCGCUCAGGCCUUGAACACAGUCUGGAGCUCAAGAGACACAGGAGGACACGGGUGCAGGGAAACAGAGACUCUGGAGCCCUCUGCCCCAUGACAGGUGGGACUUAGCACCAAAGGCACAGCGUGCUGUGUUGCUUCAUUAACGGUGGCUAAUGGGAUCCAAGCCUGUUGCCAGGGCACUGGGCGCCAGUGGGGCAGAUAACUAAAUGGAAGUCGGGAAGGGAACAGCAGCCCAGGCUGAGGCAGCGUAUCACUGGAGCUCUUUCAGGACGGCGUCUACCAAGGUGAGGCAGAGGGCACCGCGUACCCAGGACCCAGUAGUGCAGGUAUGGUUCUGUGGUUCCUGAGUGCCAAGCUGGGGCGUUGAUUUAAUCCCACUCUUCCCUGACCCCCUGAGACAGGGUUUCUCUGUGUAACAGUUCUGGCUGUCCUGGAACUUGCUUUCUAGACCAGGCUGGCCUGGAACUCUCAGAGAGCUGCUUGCCUCUGCUUCUAAUCUCUGCUAGGACUACAGGCGUGCACCACUGCCCAGCUUAACCCCCCUCUUAGAGCGCUGCAGAUGUUUGGAGCAGGUCACAGAACGGUUUUGUUCUUUACAUUUGCUAUUCUUUAUUUGUUAUAUCUGGGGGUGGGUGGGCACAUGUCCAUGUGUGGAGGUCAGAGGCAACUUUUGGGAAUCCAUUCUCUCCUCUCACCUGGGGACUGAACUUGGGUCUUCAGGCUUGGCGGCAAGAGACUUUACCUUCUGAGCCAUCUUGGCAGUCCCGAGAAGAGUUUUUGUAAGCAUGAAGGCCUGUCCUCUUUCCAUACUGCAUCCAUAUUCCACCCCAAACAUCUCCCUACCACCACCAAAGAGCUGCCCACAUCCUCUUUGGAGGGGAAGGCCAGAGACAGGAGUCAGGAAAGGAAAUGACCAACACUCACUCCAGGCCAGACCACUGGGCACCCUGGCUCUGAGAGCACCCUUCUGUCAACCCAGGGAACCCCUGGCUCUCCAGCAUCCACCAGGCCUGUUGACAGCUUCCCCAUCUCUGAGGGAAUCCCGGCAUCCUGCUCACCUGCCUCCAGACGCCAUCCCCUCCACUGGGCUCCUGAGUCCUACCAAGACCCUGUUUGCGGUCCUGCAACUACUGUUGGACCAGUUAUGAUAAAGGUUAGACGUAGGACGGACUGACGAAAGAGUGUGGGAGUGGCAGAAUGCUGGAAUGCGGGAAGAUGAAUGGAGAAGCCAAUGAUGCUAGAUCACCAGCUCAGUGGCAGACGCACACGUGACUGGCUGCACUCAGAGGAUGAGCAGCUGCCCUGAGUUUUAUGUCAUCUCCUGGUUGAUGUGUUCCAUAAACACUUACUGAGCACCUACCAGAUGCCAAGCGUCAUGAUAGGAGUUUAAAGAUACAGUCUUGGGCUGGGGAGACGGCUGGGCAGGUGAAAGUACCUGCCCACUCAAGCCUGAUGACUUAAGUUCCGUCGCCAGGACCCACAUAAAAUGCCAGGCGGGGUAGCAUGUACCCGAAGUCCCAGCACUCCUAUGGUGAGAUGGGGGACGGCGCAGAAAUGAGACGUUACCCGAAGCUCAAAGGCCCACUAGCCUGGAGUGCACAGCGCAGUAUAAAGAACAAGAGAGAGCCUGCCUCAAAAAGGUGGAAGGAGAGAGCUAACUCCAAAUCCUUGUCCACCGCCCUCCACAUGCAUGCUGUGUCAGGGGCACACUCCACCCCACCCCCAACACAAGAUGAAAGAAAAGGAGGAAGGAAAAGGGAUGUGUAUGUCCUGUUGGGUGCCACAGCAUUGUCUUGUUAGGAAGACAGGACCUGAAAGAAAUGGCAAAAGACAAAGGCA